UCUUGUCAUCGUCUCGUCUUAAUCAUGCACACACACAAAAAAAAAGUUGUUUGACGAACAUAUUUGUCUCGUCUCGUCUGACGAAAUUAACACUACGUCAUUGAAAGCUUUAUGAAGAAGGGAGAUUGGCAAACAGCCCGAGAAACAGAACUAGGAAACAGAAACUCAGUUAUGAACAUUAACCAGACGCUAACUUGGUCCCGCCUUCAGUCAGACGCAGGAUACGUUUCUGUUUCCUGAGAAGUAAACACUGUGAGGAAGCCAGAUCACAGAAACAUGUAAAAGUCUACGUGGUUUCAUGAAGAACAACUUCAGAAAUAACUGGAAUAACAUUUUGUUUUGGACUUCGAUAUCGUCAUAGACUUAAAUACGGCUUUCGCUCUCCUGUACUCUCAUUUCUCUCUCUGAGGAGACGACACACUGAGUUGCACUCAGGACAUCUGCCUAUUAAACUGUUACUGAUUAAAGGGAUCAUCUACAAUUCCAUAGAAAAUCCUAUCAGAAGAUCCUACUAUGAGUAAACCAAAGACAUUAAAUGAAUUGAGGCAUCUGGAGGAGUCUGGAUUUGGUCAGCGUUAUCCAAGACACGGCCUCAAGCUGCUUUACUGGUUUGCUAAUGAAUGUGUGUAUUUUGAUGUCUACAAUAACAUGCGCUGGCAGUACGACCCAGAGGAAGGAGAUUUCGGAUUUCACCUGUUUCAAAACAGGUCUGAUAUUUACGAUGAGAAACUCCUGCCUGAUGUGGACCUUGACUACUUCGAGGUAGGCAAUCUGAGCAGACCAGAAGCAGACGAUCUGCCAGAUUACGUUCUGGAAGAUUACAAUGAAGACCCUGAUGACUGUGAGAGCAACAUGGAGCGCAUCAUAUUCAGUGUUGAUGAUGAGUGUAUUGACAGAGUCUACGUGACUGAGCACAGUGAUCAGGCAGAUUUCAACAAGGAAGAGACCUUCGGCAUCAGCAGGGGUCUGAUUAUGAUUAUCAGGAAGCUGACUUUGGAGGACUUCCUUGAAAAAACUGGGUAUUCUCUGCAAGAAGACUCUGAUGAAAGUUCUACGGAUGAUGACGAUGAUGAUGACGAUGAUGAUGAUGAUGAUGAUGAUGACGACGACGACGACGACAACGAUGAUGACGACGAUGACUAUUGGUGAUGACUAUGUGUAACAACAAUGAUAAUGAUGAUGUCACGGAAUUUAUCGAUGAUAAAGAAGACAAUGUCCAUAAUGAUUGUUAUUAUUAUAUUUAAGUUAUGAUAAUUAGUUACGAUUUUGAGAGAAGUGAGUAAGACCAUGUUAAAAUAUAAUAACAGAUGAAUAUAUAACCUAAUAUACUGUAACAUAACCCAUGCUGCAUCAUGAGUGAUAUUUUGAGCAGUUUUAUUGUACUUUGCACAUUCAUUUAAUAAAGAGAAAAAUGUUUUUCUAA